AUGCUGGCUGAGAUCCUGGGUGAAAUGGCCCUGGUUGAGGGGCGUGUUGGAGGAGGAGACGUUUCUUCACUGUCCACCUCUCAUUCGCUCCGUACCCCACACCAGGCAGCCACGCUGGAUCUGAAAUCCAAGGAGGAGAAGGAUGCUGAGUUGGACAAGAAGAUCGAGGCUCUGCGGCGGAAGAAUGAGGCUCUGAUCCGGCGCUACCAGGAGAUCGAGGAGGACCGGAAGAAAGCCGAGCUCGAGGGGGUGGCCGUGACAGCACCCCGGAAGGGUCGCUUGCUGGAGAAGGAGAAUGUGGCAGUGGAGCUGGAGAAGAACCCAGGUCCCCCACGCCGGUCUUCAGGCUCUGCUCGGCUUCCUGGGGCCAGCAAGGGCAUCCGGACCCAGCCCCAGCAGGGAGGCCGGGCAGGUGGAGGUCGGUCGCCUCGGAGCUGGGAGGACAGUUCCGGGGACCAUGCUCGAGGGACUGGAGGUCGAGGCCAGAGGGGUCGCGGCCGGGGCCGGGGUGCCCCGCAUCUUCCAGGGAGUGGAGAUAGUUUUGACCGGAAAUCCAAGGAGUGGGAGGAGCGGCGGAGGCAGAACAUCGAGAAGAUGAACGAGGAGAUGGAGAAGAUUGCAGAGUAUGAGCGCAACCAGCGGGAGGGUGUGCUGGAGCCCAACCCGGUGCGCAACUUCCUGGAUGACCCCCGGCGGCGUGGUGGGCCCCUGGACGAGCCGGAGAGGGACCGGCGUGAGGGCAGCCGGCGGCACGGGCGCAACUGGGGGGGUCCCGACUUUGAGCGAGUGCGCUCUGGGCUGGAGCAAGAGCGGCAGGGCCGCCGGGCUGUCCAGAGCGGGGCUGGGGACAUGACCUUGUCCAUGACGGGCCGAGAGCGCUUCGAGUACCUGCGCUGGAAGCAGGAGCGGGAGAAAAUCGACCAGGAGCGGCUGCAGAGGCACCGCAAGCCCACGGGCCAGUGGCGGCGCGAGUGGGACGCGGAGAAGACGGAGGGGAUGUUCAAGGAUGGCCCCGCCCUGCCCCUUGAAGCCCCUCAUCGCUUUGAGGACCAGGCCUGGACCCGGCCUCCCAAGCCCGCUACUUUUGGGGAGUUCCUGUCCCAACACAAAGCUGAGGUCAGCCGUAGAAGGAAGAAGGGCAACCGACCCCCAGCCAAGGCUGCUCCUCAUGUCUACAGUGACCAUGAUGACCGCUGGGAGUCAAAGGAGGCCCCAGGCCCUGAAGGUCCAGAAGCCCCACAAUCGGUACCUCCCCAGGAGACGGCAACACAGCUGCCCGACACCCGCACACCUGCCCACCAGCCUCCUGAGGAUGAGGGGGAGGAGGAUGAGGGAGAGGAAGAAGAGGGGGAGGAAGAAGAAGGGGAGGAGGAAGAAGGGGAGGAGGAAGCAGAGGAGGAGGGAGAUGACGAGGAGUGGGAGGAUGUGAGUGAAGAGGACGAGGAAGAGGCCGAGGAGGAGGAAGAGGAGGAACUUGGCCAAGACCACCAACCCCAAGAACUUGAGCCCACCGGGGGCUCCAGCAGCGAGCAGGCCCAUGGGGGACCUGCCGCACUCCAGGAACCGCCGUUCCCGACCCCGGCCCCAGCCUCACCCUCCAGCCCCUUCUCUCCCCCGGGGGGCCACCAGUCGGUGUCUGACUGGGGUGAAGAGAUGGAGCUCAACCCUCCCCAGGGCGCGCGCUCUCCGGGAGACCAGCCAGCCCCUGCUUCCCUGGAGAGUCAGCACGGCCUUCUGGGAGCUCCAGAAGCCAAAGAGGAGGGUUCUGAGGCCGCUCCAGUGGAGGGCCCUGAAGACCAGGAGACGGCUGAGAUCACCGACUUCCAGCGGGUGCGUUUCUGCAAGGUGGUUGCGGCUGCCUCAGCCCCGGGGGCCGCCCGCUGACUCUGCCCGCAGAUUCUGGCUCCGCACUAACCGGGGCACGCUCCUCUAUCUGCUUCAGCAACUACAGCCAGGCGCGGGGUCACAGCGCAGGGGUUGGCCGGGCCUGGCGCUG